AUGAGAACAAAAAAGGGCAACAUCUCAAGUCUUCGUCUGACUCAUUGUCAACGCACGAUGCCGUGUAGGCCACGAUGUCCAUGCGCGGUGAAGUUGACAUCAUUGGCGGCCAGCAGUCAAAGAUUCCCUAUUCGACCGAACAUUUCCAAGGCAGUAUUAAGAAUUUAUCCACGCCGCAAAUAUAACAUUUAUUUUUAUACCGUUUCAAGAUCAAAGUAUCUUCCUAUUUUAAGGCAACCUGGCUCCAUUUUCUUACAAUUUUCUGGGUUAUUUGUCUCCCUGGGCUUUUAUAAACGCACACGCCAGUCUCUGGAUGUCAUGCGCACAACAUCCGCACAAAUAAAUUAGAUUUAUUUUUAUUCUAUUUAAAGUUUCAAAAUGUCUUUCGAUUUGGGCCACAACCAUCCGUAUCGUAAGGUAUAAUCUAGCACCAUAUUUACACCACUUUCGUGAGCUAUUUGUUUCUCUGGACUUGCACAUCGCACACGCCACUCUUUGAAUAUCAUCCCCAUAAACUAUUGCUUCGCAGAAAAAUUAUCCUUCUCUUGCGCUUCAAAAGAACGCGCUGAGGAAUUUUCAUGGUAACAAAGUUUACUGUCAAAAUGUCCGCCAUGCUUUCAGCUCCACUGUUCAAAGCCUCAGACUGAAGUUUCUCUUGAUCACUUGGUGACCAUUAAUAAAUAAUGUCACUUCCUCAACAAAAACUUUCCGGGGAUAUUAUACACUGUAUAGGCUAUAGUGUCUUUUCCACAGAUUUUCCUUAACGUGUACUUUCUUCAACAGAUUAGUCGAUAUUGCCAUCAAAACAUCCCGCAGUGGUUACCUCCUAAGAUGUGUCAUCAAGAAUCUAGACGGCUUGAAGCUCUCCUACGAUCACACUCUACGAGAUGUUGAUGGAACUGUCAUUCAGUUCCCCUAUGGGGACGAUGGGUCGAUGUUCAUCAGACAAGCUAUCUCACACAAUUUGAAUCGCUGGCCAACGUAAGAUCAGAAGCUCUGAAUGUCGCCACCCCAGACGAGUUGUUUAGUUUUCUGUCAAAUGACCUUAAUUUUUUCCUCCACUAUUCACAUAAUCAGAGUGUUGUCCUACACAGACUUAACAGACAUGGGGCAAACGUCAAGAUAUUACAGUCCAAUGCAUACAUUAAGGACUUGCCCAAUAAUCUCGAACAAGAGGCGACGUCUUUUUUGCACAAGUUGACAAAGAAGCAACGGAAAUCUCUUUACCUAAAGAAACAGAGUGAUCUCAUGAUGCUAGUGAAGGUCAAGUAUAUCUGUAGCCUCGCUCAGCCUGGAGAACCUGUGGGUGGGUGUGCUUGCCGCGCGGUCCGUAAUGGAACCAUCGACGAAACCGACGUGAGUGCUCCAACCUAUCUUACUGCCUUCAACUUUCUUAUUUAGAAAGCCGGCAAUAUUGGCAUGUACUCGAUAAACAGUAAUGGCGGAGAGAACGACUUUGAGCAUUUCAACAUCCUAUUCAGAGCCCUGGAGCCAACUUCGACCUUUAAUGUGUUUGUUGAUUCUCGGCGACUCUCUGGGGACUCGGUGUACAAGUUAUGCCGUUCAUUCCCUGGCUGUUAUUUGACAUUGUCUGUCCUUCCCAGAUAUCUGAAGAUAAUCUUGAAAUACAAGGUUGCACAGUUUCCACUUGUUGAACCCGUUGAACGUCUCUUGUUCAAACUCAUGUGACCAGUUUACUUGUGAUUCGGUUGGAAAUAGUAAUCUGCAUGAAAAUGUUUGAAUAAGUAAACCAGUAACCUCGAUUAAUUUUUCUGUGUCAUCUUUUGCCAAUCACCACGAUGAGAGAGAAGACAAAUCCCAACUAUAAUGGAUAAACGUCAGGGGUUUUAUUCGAGGAAGAAUGGAUUUCAGAUUCAUGGUUGUUUUGAGUGAAGCACAAUUCACAGUAUCCCAUGUGACCCGGCACUCUGUGAUGCUGUUUAAAGGGAAUGAAAGUUUCUACGAUUUUGAGCAAGACUUGGAUGUCUCCUUUUGCCGUUUGACGACACAGCUUGUUGUUGCAGAAUUCUUUCUUUCUAUUCAAUCAUCUUUUCUUUAAUGGUUCGUAGGUCAUUGCAGACCUCUCACAGAAAAUAUCAAAGAUGGCGAAGCACAAUUUAA